UAGUGAUUCAAGUGUUAAUUUUGGGUGCUACUUCUUUCUCACUGUCCAUGAGUUAAUUAUCCUUGCUUCUUUCUGCAGUGACUGUUGCUGCUUAUAACUCUGAGGAUGUCCGAUGUAAGUGCAUCUGCCCUCCCUACAAGGACCACUCAGGCCACAUUUACAACAAAAACGUUUCACAGAAAGACUGUGAUUGUCUUCAUGUGGUGGAGCCUAUGCCUGUCCCUGGACCUGAUGUAGAAGCAUACUGUUUGCGUUGUGAGUGCAAGUAUGAAGAGAGAAGCUCUGUCACAAUUAAGGUUACAAUCAUCAUAUACCUGUCUAUUUUGGGCAUACUUCUUCUGUACAUGGUGUACCUUACACUGGUGGAACCUAUACUGAAGAGACGUCUGUUUGGACAUUCACAGCUCAUACAAAGUGAUGAAGACAUAGGGGAUCACCAGCCUUUCGCGAACGCCCAUGACGUGCUGGCUCGCUCCCGCAGCCGUGCCAACGUGCUCAACAAGGUUGAGUAUGCCCAGCAGCGCUGGAAGCUACAGGUCCAAGAGCAACGCAAAUCUGUCUUUGACCGUCACGUGGUGCUGAGUUAACUGUCUCAGUAGCAUAACUCGAGGGAAGUAAAGUGGACUAAGUGAAAGAGCUGAUAGAUGUCUUCCUGAUCCUGCCAAUUCAGAAGAGUUUUCUUGAAUGAUUCGUUAUCGAUUUUAAAUAAACAAAGAAAACAAGUAUUUGAACUUUGAAGGAAUGUACUGGUGUGGAAGCAGUUUUAAAAGAUUAGUUAACCAAAAGCUAAGAUAUUUGCAUUUUCCAAUGGCUUUGACUAAUGAAACUGAAAACAAACCCUAAGACACCUUGGGUUGCCACCAGUGUACGUUAUUUACAGUUGUGACUUGAUGGUGUUUUUUAACUAUAUGUGUCUCUCUACUGUUCAUGUGGUUAAAAAGUACCCGGGAACACAGUAAUUACUUAGAAAUCACUAAUCACUUUAUGUAAAGACCUUUUGUAAAUACACUUGGAUUUUCUCCUGAUUAAUGCUAGGUACUGGAAAUCAAAGUCUUGCAGUGUAGUUUUUCAGGUCAGAGAAUGAAAUCCUGGUUGGCUGUAUUCAUCAUUUGGUUUCUUGCACUCGUACUUUCAAGAUGCUUGUAUGUCAAGUGAUGUCUGCAGAUGAAAGACAAAACAUAAAUGGACACUGACUCUUUGAGCUGCAUAUUUAAAGUACUGUGAUGUAGAUAAACUCAAAUGCAGUGCACAUCAAGACAGUGUUGGCAUUUUGUUCUAUUUUGCUUUAAUAGCUUAAUAUAUUGUAUGUGUAUGAUAGCUCUUAAAAAUCUUGCCCUUUCUUUUCAUGUGUGAAGUUUCGGUAAUUAGUAUAUGAUGAAAUAUUUAUUAUAACAAUCUUCCUGCAUUUGUCUCGGUUGAUGGUGUAAGGCACAUACUUUCUCUAGCACCUGUCAGCUUGAGAGUUAGGUGUAUUUUUUUAUUCAUGACUCUGUACUCAUCUCUCUUAAGAGGUUUACAGUUGCUAGAUGACUAACUUUCAUAUAUCCCCUUUGGAAUGUAACAAUUAAAGAUAAAACUGAUUUUUGAAAAAU